AGAAGAAGGGGGCAGGUGACUGACAGCCGAAGUGAACUGUGGAAGUGAACAGUAAACUGGAUCUACAGUGGUUUUACUGGACAGCUCGGUGGAUACAUCGUAGUAACGACUGCUCACUUUCAGCUGUCACGUUUUGCAGCUUCGUCUCGACUGGUUGGCAAACUCGUGCCAGCAGAGGUAAUGUUCGUGAUGGCAGCCGGAGUGGACACUGUUGCUUCGAGCUAGACGUACAGUUAGCGGUGGACAUCUAGCGAGCAGAAAGCUAAAUACAUAAGCGGUGUUUGUUUACGGUCCCAUCGAGCAGCCCGCUUCUGUUAGCCUUUCGGGGUAUCGACCACACGUCAGGUGGUCGGGAACUCCGUUAAGAUGGGUGACAUAAAACCAUCGACAUCUCAUGCGUUUCAGUCGGAGAGCUUCAGUCCGCCGUACAGGAGGAGGAGGACGGUGGAGGAUUUUAACAAGUUUUGCACUUUUGUGUUGGCCUACGCCGGAUACAUCCCAUACCCGCAAGAGGACUCUCCACUGCGCAGCAGCUCCAGUCCACCCAACAGCACAGGCAGCACCGCUGACAGUGAUGGCUGGACCCCAGGACCCCCAACCUCCUGCCCCACGCGUCCAACAAAGAUCCCUCAAGACAGAAGCAGGAAACGUCCACAACCUGGACCCAUGCUGUCCACUCUCCCCAAAAGAGAACUCACAAUCACAAGUCUGCAUCCAGAUGACCACAGGAAAGCCGAGAAGCUGAAGAAGAAGAAGAGGAGAAAGGAAAAGGAGCAUCAGACUGGUGAGGAAAACAGGCCACAGCAGAGCGACUCGGAAGAACCAGAGGUGGAGUCUCCACUUUCCUUGGGCAUCCGGAUGAUCAAAGAAGAGCCUGAAGAUGAUCUCAGCAUUCCCCUCCACCCCCAGUGCCUGCCCAGCCCUUCUCCAUGCAAGGAGGAGCCAAAGGAGGAAGCCAGGGAGGAGAGCAGACACUGGGAUGGUCGAGACCUCGAAGAAGGUGUCAUAAAGGUUCAGAAAGUGGAGGGCUUUUCAGGAAGCCGAACCGUGUUUCGCCAGGGGAAACAAGUGGUGUUCAGAGACGAAGACGGAUCUGGAGAAGAUGAAGACAUAAUGGUAGACUCAGAUGACGACUCGUGGGACCUGGUGACGUGUUUCUGCAUGAAGCCUUUCGCGGGCCGAGCCAUGAUUGAAUGUAACAAGUGCAACACCUGGAUCCACCUGUCGUGUGCCAAGAUCCGCAAGAGCCAUGUGCCAGAGACAUACGUGUGCCAAAGCUGCCGGGACAUUCACGGACCCCCGGAUGCCCGUCGGUCCCACCGCUCGCGUGUAGGCUCACGCAAACACCUGCUAGACUGACUUCUGGGUGGAACCACAAACUUUUAACCCUCCUCCCGUUGCAUCUGUUCAUCCUCCACCUGUUAGACCGACCCCUCCUUAAAUUCAGGACCCUUAAGUCUCCGUUUUUCAUGGUCAGCCAUGAACCCACGUUUUCUAAAAACACUUUGGUGGACCUGACCCAAACCU